CUGGGUUUCUGGAUUCCCCGCUUGGGAAUUUGGCGGGACAACUAGCAGCACGGGCCGGUCUGCCCUCUCCUUUUGAACUUCGCUAUCGUUUUUGUGAGCAGUUCCACCAGAGGCCGGCAAAGCAAUGGAGAAACCUAGCAGCGGCGUUCGAGGGGCGAUCGAGGCGAAUACCUUGGCUAUUCUCGACGCAUCCGAAGCUACUAAACACACUCGAGACGCGGACGAUGACAGAAUUGCUUUUCUCGAAGCUGUUCGUGCGGCUUCACUUUUGCCAGAAAAUAAAUCGCCACCGACACUCAAAAUGUGUGAAGCAAUUUUCAAAAUCUUGAGGUUCGGGAAUUCCCUCGAACUGAUUACAACAAGUUGCCAGCUUUUGAACGAGUUAGACUUGGAAUUCCCUAGAGUGUAUAUGACGAAUGCCAGUGAUUCCAGUAUGCCCCAUGAGUUAGUUGUGCUUCAGGAGGCUUGGAGUCCAUUUGUUCUAGGCACUGACAUUUCAGAUAGUGAGAGGGCAACCGCAAAUGAUCUCACUGGCGGACUAAUUGAUCCCCCUGGUUUUCAUCUACUUCUGCAAGGCCUUGCUGAAGUCUCCGAUUUUGAAAAUUUCCAAGCACCAGAUACCAAGGUCCUAAGUAACAUGUUAUUGUUUCAUUAUCUUGUCAGUGUCCUUGAAGGAGAUUUUGUGCCUCGAAACCAAAUGUACACAGAAAGCAUGAUCUGGAGCUUUGUACGGGACUCUUCGCUUAACACAAUUCUGUGUUCAAGGAAAAUGAACUACAAAGGAUUAAUGAAGGAUUGUGUGACUACCCUGUGUGGGUUGGGUCAAUAUCUUGCUGAAUAUGACAAUGCUGUCCCAUAUUCUGGGACUUCUAUGGUGAAACAACAUGAAGCUAUUGAUACUGCUUUGGCCACUGCGUUUCUUCAUUUUGGAAGGAUAACAUGUGCUGCCACGCUGAAACUCAUGGUAAUGGUAAUGGAGCUUGAUUCCUCAAAAAAGAAUGCGGAUAUGCUAGGUCAUACUACAAGGGCUGAUGGUGUGAGAACCCCGCUCGCAGAGAUUAUUCAAGAUGAACUGACAUAUGAUAAAAACAUUCUGUCACCAUUUCUUCAGGCCUUCAAGGACUCAAAAUGGAAACUGGAAAUAAUCGUGCAAUUUUUCUGGAAAUACAUCUCCAAGCCUUCUGUUCGUACUAGGAGGUCUAAUGUUCCUGCAGAAGAUGCAACCUUCUCUGGAGUAUUGAAGUGUAUUUCAAACAGCUCCAGUGCUAAAAGUAUUACUAAGAAGAUUGGUGCACAUGCAAUUCAUCUUUUAUUAGCACAUGGUUUUCAGGCUUUUCUGUUUCUCUCCACUAAGCAAAUGGGUGAAGGCCUCCCCGAUUCCAAAGAACAACUGGCGGGCGGUUCGGUCGAGGAAACUUGCAAGAAUUUGAUAUCAGUUUUUAAUUGCCUGCGGAAAUUGGACAAGCAGUUGGAAAUUUCCUCGUGUGCAAAAGAGGCCAUAUUUGUAGCUGCAACAAUCCUCUCCAGAAGAUCAUAAGUCUCGAAUGAAAUCACUUCUUGAGAUGUUUGCUCUCAGAGAUCUCAUAAUAUGCAUGGUCAAGACCUAUUAGCAGCAGCAGCGAUCCUCUUGUCGAAGGCAAUGGUAGAUGAAGAGAAAAGUAAUAUUUUGAGAUAUUUGGCAUAAUGAAGAUGUGUCAUGUACAGGUUAGAAAAUUCCCAUUUCAGAGUUUAUCUUAACUAAGUUGAGUAGAUCAUAUAGCAUUAGUCCAAUGUGCUCUGCCCACUUGAUUAGGAUAUUCAAUGCUCAUCGCACAUUCAAGAGUACGGAUAUUUUAUACAUUAAAAAUAUUUGGCUUCAUG